AUGAGGAGUAUCUUAAUCUAGAUGAUAAUUAUCUUGCUAGCUGCAGGAUAAUAUCAAUGCAUAGAUGAUUCAUUACAAUUUGAUAAGCUGUCUAGAGAAUAUUUGCUAGCUCUCUAUAAGAACCAGUACUUAGAAGAAUUUGGUAACAAAACUAUUAUGCUAGCUAACUGUAAAGAUAAUCCAAUCUAUGACGAUCCCAUCUGUGAAACUAUUGAAUAAAAUAUUAAUCAAUUACUUGAAGUUGAAGAUAAAAAUGAUUAAAGCAGUAGAGUUCUAAAAGAUGUUAUAGUGAAUAAAUAUCUCUAUUUCAAACUUGACUGUACUGAGGAGCUUUACAGAGAUCUAUGUAAAUCCUAUGAUUUAUAUAACGGCAGAAAGUAGAAUCUUAGAUUCAUUGUCAAAGAUUAAAUUAAUAAGCCAAAGGUAUAUACUUAUACGUCACAUGCUGAGGACAGAGAGGCUCUUAAACUAAAAUUAAUUAAGAUGGCUUCGAAUGAAAGUGUUUAAAUAUACAAUGGUCCAUACAGAGAUUUAGAGAGUCAUGAAAUCGUGAAGAAAUAUAAGAGAUCCAUUAUAGUAUUAGAGUCUAAAAAUAGUGUAGUAAGGAAGGUUUUUUACUAGUAUGCUGAAAAAUAUAAGGAAAAAUACUAUGCUUUUGAAGUUACUUAGAUUACUCAUCUAGAUAGAGAGAAUUAGGUUUAUGCUAUUCAGCCAGAUGGAUAUAUCUAAGAAUUCCAGGUGCCAGUAAAUAAAAACUAUGAAGCUAUUACUGAGAUAGAGAUUUAAAACAUUUUUAGAAUAAAUGCUCUUCCAAGAGCAAUAGUCUUGAGAAGCUAAGUCAUUAAUAAUCCUUAGUUUCUUAAUGCUUAUGGCUACAAGACAAUCUUCGUGGGGUUGAUCGAUUCCCUUUCAGAUGAUUUCCCAGCUGAGUUCGGCUAUAAAUUCCGCGACUGGUCAAAUUAGCACACUGGCAAUAAACAUAUAGCCUUCGCCAUAUUAGAUUGGUCCUUUGUAGACAGAAUGAACCCCUUUAUAUUUUAAUAAUACGGAUUCAAACAAAAAGACACUAACACUGUAUUUGCUAUAAGCAAUGCUUUUGAUGGCAAUUACUUUAAAUAAUACGAAAAAUAUAACGGCACAAACUUUGAUUAGAUAUCUGAGAGAUUUUUGUAAGGGGUGCUUAAUGGAGAGGAAAAUUUAAGAAGUUCCUCUUGGAAACAUUAAUACUUGAAUAUAUUAGAUUUGGAUUAUUGGAAAGAAUGGACAAUUUAUAGAUUCUUUAAGCAUGCCGUGUUGAAAUAUUGA